UGGCUCGCUUGUUGGCCCUGGGGCCCAGCCUUGUCCGGGACACCCUGGCGCUGUGGCUGUGCAUGACGCGAUGGGCCUGCUGCUCCUGGGCCUGGUGCUCCUGCUUCCCGGCGUCUCCGGGCUGCCCUUCUACAACGGCUUCUACUACUCCAACGGCCGGGACCCCGGCAACGGCCAUGGAGAAGGCCUCUUCAACGGCGUGAAGCUGGUGGUAGAGACGCCUGAGGAGACCCUGUUCACCUACCGAGGGGCCAGUGUGACCCUGCCCUGCCGCUACCACUACGAGCCGGCCCUGGUCUCCCCAAGGCCCGUGCGCGUCAAAUGGUGGAAGCUGCUGGAGAACGGGGCCCCGGAGCAGGACGUGCUGGUGGCCAUCGGGCUGAAGCUCCGCUCCUUCGGGGACUACCGAGGCCGGGUGCACCUGCGACGGGACAAGGAGCGUGAAGUCUCGCUGGAGAUCCGGGACCUGCGGCUGGAGGACUAUGGGCGCUACCGCUGCGAGGUCAUUGAUGGGCUGGAGGACGAGAGUGGCCUGGUGGAGCUGGAGCUUCGGGGUGUGGUCUUCCCCUACCAGCCCCCCCAGGGGCGCUACCAGCUGAACUUCCACGAGGCCCAGCAGGCCUGCGAGGAGCAGGACGCGGUGGUGGCGUCCUUUGAGCAGCUCUUCCGGGCCUGGGAGGAGGGCCUGGACUGGUGCAACGCGGGCUGGCUGCAGGACGCCUCGGUGCAGUACCCCAUCACGCUGCCCCGGCAGCCCUGUGGCGGCCUGGGCCUGGCGCCUGGCGUGCGUAGCUACGGCCAGCGCCACCGCCGCCUGCACCGCUACGACGUGUUCUGCUUCGCCACGGCCCUCAAGGGGCGAGUGUACUACCUGGAGCACCCUGAGAAGCUGACCCUGGCGGAGGCGACGGAGGCCUGCUGGGAAGAUGGCGCCCAGAUCGCCAAGGUGGGACAGCUCUUUGCCGCCUGGAAGUUCCACGGCCUGGACCGCUGUGAUGCUGGCUGGCUGGCAGAUGGCAGCGUCCGCUACCCUGUGGCUCACCCUCGUCCCAACUGUGGGCCCCCGGAGGCUGGCGUCCGAAGCUUCGGCUUCCCAGACCCCCAGACCUCCUCCUAUGGUGUCUACUGCUACCGCCAGCGCUAG